AUGGGCAAUCUAUGUGAGCCAUCUGACAUCGCACAAGUCGGGGGCGCUGCGCCACCCAAACCGGUCGGUCGACCAAACGUCGGCGAGCAGCGGCGCAACGAGAUCCUUGAUGCCGCCAUGCACGUGAUCCUCGAGCACGGCAUCGCCGGUGCGACCCGGGCCCGGAUCGCCGAACAGGCGGGCGUGCGUCCUCCAGCCAUUCACCACUUCGUGGGCACCCAGGCCGAGGUGCUACGAGCCUCCAUCGAACGCAUCGGCCAUCAAUUGAUGGCGGCGAUCAUUCCGAGCGGCAUGACUGACGCUGACCCAUCGACGCGAGCGACCGCAGCGAUCAACACGGCAUUCGGUACCGCAGUCGACCAGCCAACCGUGAACCGGUUGGUCGACGAGCUCGUCGCCCACUCGUAUCGAGACAAGGCGACCAGAGCGGCCCUCGCCGCGUUCUACCGAGACGCAACCGAUCAACUGGCGAUCGAGCUCGGGCUCGUGUGGGGGCCAUCGUCUCCUGACGAGGCCCGCCAAGCGGCGGCGGAGAUCACCGCUCUCGCCCACGCCGCUGGCACGUUCCGCCACCUCGGCCUGACCGAGCAAGCACAGGCCGCGCACCGCCGAGCCCAGCAGCUGGCCUUGGGGGACAGUGCUGCAGCAAGUACUACUCGCUGA